UCGGUGCGGGCACACGGCGUGGCCGGGGCUGCCGCGGGUCAGCGCUCGCAUCCUGUGCCCCGAUCACCUCUCCUGCUUCUUCCUCCAGGCGCUUCCCUGGCGAGCAGAGAGCGGAGCGGUGGCGGAGCCCGGCAUCGCUGCCGCGGGGAAGCCGAGAGGAAACUUUUAAUUGGGAGGAAGUUUCGGCCCGCGAAGGAGACGCCGGAGAAGAUCCCGGGGUCUGAGAGUUGCUCUGCCGGGGCGGAGGAAGGAUUGUAAAACCCUUCAGUCUGCAGAGGCCUUGCUGCUGCCUCUCUCUGCUCUUGCCUUAAGCUUCGCCUCUGCCUGGAGCCUGGGAAGAGGCAGAGUUAGCUGCUGGUCUGCCUCCUGAUUUCCGUAGCUCUCCAUCCGGCACUGGAUGUUCCUGUUUUAGUUAUAAGGCGUGUUCGACUGCGGGUGGAGGGUCAGAGCUGUGUUUUGGAAGCGAGCAGAAGGACUCUGAUACAGAAGAAGGAUGCCAACACGAAUAUGAAGUGAACCAUUUCCCAUGCUUGCCACAGCACCUGGAUGCUCCUGUCAAGUGGUCAGGGACAGGGACGUGCCUCUCACCAAACUGCUUCUUCGGGCAAAAUGAAGCCAAGGAAGAGCUUUCCAGUGCACUGGAGUCGCAGUGACUGCUGCCCAAUUUAAAAUUAAUGUCGGACUGUGCCCCAGCUGCCCGGCGAAAUGAAAGAAGUGAUGUUGUGGUCACCCGAGGAGGUGACAAAUUGGCUAACAGAAAAUGCUGUGCCAGAGUAUUGUGAGCCAUUGAAGAGCUUCACCGGGCAGGAUUUGAUCAGCCUCACAGAGGAGGAUUUUAAGAAGACACCUCUUUCCAGGGUGUCUUCUGACAGCGGACAGCGUUUAUUGCACAUGAUUGAAACUUUAAAAAUGGCUCAUCACAUCGAGGCACACAAAAACGGGCACGUCAAUGGGCACAUCCGUGUCAGUGUCAGCAAAACCCCACGGGAGAACGGCUUCAGCAGUAAAAUGAAGCUGAAUGGGAUGCCAAAUGGGUUUAAGAAGGAGAUGAUAAAGAUCCCCAUGCCAGAGCCAGAGCGCUCACAGUAUCCUAUGGAGUGGGGCAAGACUUUCCUGGCUUUUAUUUAUGCACUUUUCUGUUUCGUCUUUACCACAGUGACAAUCUCAGUUGUUCAUGAACGAGUGCCUCCCAAGGAGGUGCAGCCUCCCCUACCAGAUGCAUUUUUUGAUCGCUUUGAUCGGGUGCAAUGGGCUUUUUCUAUUUGUGAAAUCAAUGGCAUGAUCCUUGUAGGACUGUGGUUUGUUCAGUGGCUGCUCUUAAAAUACAAGUCUAUAAUUAGCAGAAGAUUUUUCUGUAUAGUUGGCACACUAUACCUGUAUCGGUGUAUUACAAUGUAUGUGACUACACUCCCAGUACCUGGCAUGCAUUUCAAAUGUUCUCCAAAGCUUUUUGGAGACUGGGAAUCUCACCUGCGAAGGAUAAUGAAGCUGAUUGCUGGCGGGGGAUUGUCCAUCACAGGCUCCCACAACAUGUGUGGUGACUACCUGUACAGCGGCCACACCGUCAUCCUGACCCUUACCUACUUAUUUAUCAAAGAGUAUUCCCCACGGCGACUCUGGUGGUAUCACUGGCUCUGCUGGGCACUCAGCAUGGUUGGGAUGUUUUGCAUCCUCCUUGCUCAUGACCACUACACUGUGGACGUGGUGGUGGCUUAUUACAUCACUACAAGACUUUUCUGGUGGUAUCACACAAUGGCCAACCAGCAAGUGCUAAAAGAAGCUUCCCAAACCAACCUCCUUGCAAGGGUCUGGUGGUACAAGCCCUUCCAGUACUUUGAAAAGAAUGUCCAAGGAAUUGUACCUCGUUCUUACCACUGGCCCUUCCCCUGGCCAGUGCUGCACCGGGGCAGGCAGGUGAAAUACAGCCGCCUGGUGAACGACACAUAACAGCGUGUCCACAGAGAAAGUGGGGGCUGAAGGACCUGUCCCAAGUGCUAAGAACUCUGUUUGAGAGGAUGCCAUAAAAAAAAAAAAAGUCAACUGCUCCCUAACCCUUCCUUUUAACUGUUCCCUCGACUUAACCUAUUCAAUUACCUGGUAAGCACUGUGAUCUUUUUUUCUCUCCAAAGGAUCUGCGUUGGUCAACAAUAAAGAAAAUUUAACUUAUCAUGCACUGUUACAUAUUUCUUGUUGGUAGAUUUGGGAUUUACAUUUACCCAUUGCUGUGUUCCUUUGUACAUGAUGGGACAGCAUAAAUGAAAGCUUUUAUAUCAUAAGUUCUGGUCUUUCCAGUCAUGUCUGGGAAUAAAGCAUAUUAUUUUCUUGGGAAAAAAUACUUUUCAUAUUUCUUGCCCCAAAGAUUGGGCUGUAAGCCAUUUUCUAACAAAAGACUAUAUGAAGGUUUCUAAAUACCUGCCUUGGGUAAAAUCAAGAAAUCUUUCUACCUGUUGCACCAUGCUACAUAUAAGAUGAUAGACACAGAAAGGUUUGGUAAUCUUGAUUUUGUAUAAUCUGCAGUUACUGUGUCAAAAAUUGCAAAAAAUAAAAAUUGUAAAGUUAUUUUCUAAAUAUUUCCUAACUUUAUUUUUCAAAAUGUGUAUGAAAAUUAAAUUUAAAAAGCUUUUUACAUGUCAGAGCAUAGAGAGGUAAAAUUUAAGAAAAAGCUUCCUUGGAGAGAGAGAUUUGUCUAUGUUUCUAGUGCCUUUCUUGUCUUGAUUGUAUGGUCAGUAGGCAGUCUUAAAUGUUUUUAUUUAAAAUAAAGUAUUACAUGAAAGCAGAAUUAUAUAUACUGUAUAAUUACUAAUUUUUGCAUUUAUAGCUAAAUUAAACUGGAAAUUUGCUUAUAAUGUUGAAAUUGUAAUGUGUAGGGACAAAAAACCUAACCAAAACAAAACCACAAAUAAAAAGGGUCCGAUCUUGCUCACACAUUGUGGGCAGGUCAAAAUGAAAAGUAUCACUUUAUUGUCUACUUGGUAGCUGUAUUUUGAAAAGAAAAACAGCCAUGAAUUUCCUGUUCUUUAAGAAUUUUACAAAUGAUCACUGAGUGAACUAUGAAUGGUUUCUCCAUCCCGUAUUGAGAUGUUGUUGGAAAACAACAAAGAUAAAUCUAUUUCUUUAAAUAUUUGUGCAGAAACUGCAUGUAAUUAUGUUUCACUCCUACCAUACAUACUGUAUGUUUGGGGAAGUAUUCUAUCCUAAACUUGCCAAUGUGCAGAGCAAAAUAGUUUUUUUAAAGAAUGAAGAGAAAAUAUAUAUAUAAAUAUAUAUAUAUAUCCAUUCUGUAUUUUACGUGAAGCAGAGUUAUCUUCUGUAGGGUUUUUGUGUAUUCACAAGGUGAUAUUUGUAUUGUAAAACAACAGCGGUGAAGGAAAAUAAAAAGGCUUUUGAAAAA